CAGAAACGAAGGGCGAAUGUUAGCGCCUUCUCCAUCUCUUGGGUUUACGACAUUGGAACGCAGGAAUCAUUCUUCCUCCUCCGCAGCUGCUCACAGUAAGAAAAUUUGUGGGCCUUCUAGAUUUUAAUGGCUGAUCACUGGAAUGCCAAUGGUCAACCAAAAAAUGGGGCUUCUGCAGGAUCAGGAAAUCCUUAAUUCAUCUGGAGAAUUUCACCGGGCGCUUAAAGGCUCUGUAUUCACAUUGGAAUCAGUGCAAGUUUGAUCUCUGGAGUUCCACUGAUGUCCUUGCAAUGGCAACACCACCAGCAUCAAAGGACCUGCGGUACCUCAAAUCCUCAGCCUUAAAUAUAUGGUUGCUAGGGUAUGAGUUCCCUGAGACAAUAAUGGUUUUCGCCAAGAGGCAUAUUCAUUUCCUCUGUAGCCAGAAGAAGGCUUCUUUGCUUGAAGUUGUGAAGAAAACCGCCAAGGAGGCUAGGGGGCUAGAUGUUGUGAUGCAUGUGAAGGCUAAGAAUGAGGAUGGGACCACACAGAUGGAUACUAUAUUCCGGGCUAUCCAUGCACAGCCAAAGGUAGAUGGAAACAAUGCUCCUGUUGUUGGUUACAUAGCGAGAGAGGAGCCUGAAGGGAAACUUUUGGAGACAUGGGCUGAGAAACUAAAGAUUGCAAGUUUUCAUCUAACUGAUGUAUCCAAUGGCUUGUCUGAUCUGUUUGCAGUGAAGGACGAACAUGAGAUCUUGAAUGUGAAGAAAGCUGCUUACUUAGCUCUCAAUGUGAUGCAGAAUGUUGUGGUUCCUAAGCUUGAGAAUGUCAUUGAUGAGGAAAUGGAAGUGACUCACUCAGUCUUGAUGGAUGAGACAGAGAAGGCUAUACUAGAACCCUUCAAAGCUAAAGUAAAGUUUACGGCAGAGAAUGUUGAUAUAUGUUAUCCUCCAAUUUUCCAAAGCAGGGUUGGAGCUCGUUAUAACAGUUAUUGCUCAAACAUUGCCAGGACAUUAAUGAUUAAUGCCAAUUCUCUGCAGAGUAAGGCAUACAAGGUUCUUCAUAAGGCCCAUGAAGCAGCUUUAGGUGCAUUGAAACCUGGGGACAAGAUCAGUGCUGCAUAUCAAGCGGCCCUUUCAGUGGUUGAGAAAGAUGCUCCCGAGUUGGUUCCCAAUCUUACAAAAUCUGCUGGGACAGGCGUAGGUCUCGAGUUUCGUGAGUCUGGGCUUAAUCUCAAUGCCAAGAAUGAUCGUGUGGUGAAAGAUGGAAUGGUUUUUAAUUUAUCGCUUGGUUUCCAAAACAUAUGGUGUGAGACCAAGAACCCAAAGAACCAAAAUUUUUCUCUCUUGAUUGCAGAUACAGUUAUUGUUCGUGAAGAGAAUGUGGAGGUAUUGACUGCAAAAAGCUCUAAAAAUGUUACGGAUGUGACAUACUUUUUGAAUAAGAAUCAUGAGAAAGUAAAAAGGCCUAAAGUGAAAGCUGAAGCCAAUGGAACUGACACCUUCAUGUCUAAGACCACUCUCAGAUCAGAUAAUCAUGAGAUCUCGAAGGAGGAGCUAGGGAGGCAGCACCAGGCAGAACCUGCCCGGCAGAAGGACGAAGAAACUGCACGAUGACUUGCUGGUGGUGGAAAUGGGACAGGAGAUCUUCGAGUUGCUGCUAAGACUUCGACUGAUUUGAUUGCCUAUAAGAAUGUCAAUGAUCUUCCCCCUCCAAAAGAUCUCAUGAUUCAGAUUGACCAGAAGAAUGAAGCAGUACUGUUGCCCAUAUAUGGUAGUAUGGUUCCUUUCCAUAUUGCUACUAUAAGAACAGUUUCUAGUCAGCAGGAUACUAAUCGUAAUUGCUUUAUCCGGAUAAUAUUUAAUGUACCUGGGACCCCUUUUAAUCCUCAGGACACCAACACCUUGAAAAACCAAGGGGCCAUUUAUCUUAAGGAGGUCUCAUUUCGCUCCAAGGAUCCAAGGCACAUAAGUGAAGUGGUACGGUUGAUUAAAACACUUAGAAAGGC